UUCAUUGUCGAAUCAUUCUCAAACGAAUCACUUUUCGAAGCGCUCUUCCAACGAAAAUGAAUCAGAACAAAAACGAACUCCCAGGAAAGGGACCGAAGCCGCGCUCCAAUGAGGACUACAUCAGAAUCAGGUUGGCCAAGAAGCACAGCAAGAGGUCCUUCGAUUCGUCCGAACAUCAAAUGAACCCGCAGUCGCUGGGCUCGGGCCAGGGCCGAGCCAUGGGAAUGGGCCCAUGCCCACUGCUGCCCGCACCGCUGGACAUUGCAGCGAUGAUGUCGCUGCCGCCAGUGCCAAAGCUGGCACUGCCCCAGCAAUUCCAGACUUUUGGUCAGCCGUUGCCAGUCGCCUCCACAGUGGAUGCGCCCCUAGAUAUGGAAACGUCACCAACUUAUGACCAGCAGCCAGAACCGAUGGAUUGGAUGUAGAGUCCACCUCCACAACACACUGUCCCACACUGAAAACAAUUGAAGACAAGAAGCCACCGCUGCAACCGCUCUGGACACGCACAAGACAAGACUCUGUCCAACAUUGGCCACCAGAAGCAUCCUCCCAAUCGAUGCGUCUUGGUUGACGGAUCUCUGGGCCUCUACACCUCUACACAAUUAAAGGACCAACAUCUGCCAGGACAAUUCCCAUCGUCGAAUUCAUUAUACAAAUGUACAACUUUUGGCAUGGGGAAUAUGGCAGCAAUAAAUA